UUAAAAAUGUCUUCAAGAUUCUAAUUUCAAAGCCAGCUGCAGCCAACACACUGGCAGAGAGUACAAGAGGGCUAGAGGGUCGCGGAGAGAGGCGAGGGACUGCAGUGUGUAGCUACAGAGAGACGACGGCUCCGAAGGGUUCGUAGAAGGGAAAAACUACGUCAGAAGGAGUCGUCGGAGGCAGAUCAGACUUUGGAAGGGAACUUCGACUCGUCGGAGAGAGACGAGAAGCUUGGAGGAAUCGUUAGAAGCAGCAUUCGAGUCGUCGGAGAGAGAGCAGAGGCUAUCGUCGAGGAGAAGACUCGCUGGAGGCUUCGUCGAGGAGAAGAUUCGCUGGAGGCUUCGUCAGGGAGCAGAACAGAGGAAGCUUCGUGCGAGAGAGGGUUGGAGAAUUCAUGCUUAUUCCUGCGGCUAGAUGCUGUUGAUUUCCAUGUUCGAGAGGGUCUGCUGCAAGAUGUUGUUAACCCGGGGUUUUGAGUCUCUCUCUCUCUCUACGCAAUUCUCUGUCGUUGUUCGUGAUCAUGUCGGCCAAAAGGUAAUUCUCGUGGAGAGGCUGUGAAACGGCGAUUCUCCCAUUCUAUUGAAGUAGGGAGGGCUUCCUUGCCGAUUUAGGGUUUGGUUGGGGCUUUGGGGUUUUUUUCGGGUUUGCCAUUUGCAUCUGCCAGGGACCCGCUGGAGCUGCAUCUAAGAGUCUUAGCCGGAGCUCCAGUUGCGAGUCAACUUAGUCUCAGGGCAUAUAAUGCUCGGCUGAACUUGCUGACCUCAAUUUGGUUGAUCCAGCAUUGAGAAAUGGCAGGAGGUAUUGUAUGGGCAACAGCAGAGGACUUGGCAAGAAAUCAAGGGCGAGUUCUCUCUUUGUAUCGCCAAAUACUCCGGAGCCUUAACUCUCCCGAGCUGCCACUGAAUUUAUCAGCUAGAUUGGCUAAGAAAGCACAAGUUCGUGCUAUCUUCAUGCUGGCAUCCGAGGAGCGAUCCCUUCACAAUAUUGCAGAUCUUAUUGAUGUUGCUGAAUACUCUCUUUCCCUAUUAAAGAAAGGUGAGCUUCCCAAAAAUAUCCAGUAGACAAGAUACUCUUACAUAAGUAAUUCCCAAUGUUCCCGUUUAUUUCUAACACAUUCCAUUCAGUAAGAUUAUUAGAAAGCUCUCAUUGUACUGUUGAGGAAAAAUAUAGGUUUUCAAAUUAUAUGUGCAUUCUCAUUUCUAUGUUAUUUUGUGAUAUUCUUAAACACAGUGCAACUAAGGCUUAGUUUGCCUC